GCAGCUCCAGUUGAUAGGCGCUCAACUAGUGGUCCUGUUAUCACCACUGACUUUCCUGAUCUAUCGAUUGUCAGCGUCAACAAUCAAUGGUUCGCGUUCGGUACCCAGUCACUCUAUGACUACAAGAACAUCCACAUCCAAGUUGCUUCUUCAUCCGAUUUCAACUCUUGGUCCCUUCAUGAGGGUCAGGAUGCCUUGCCAAACUUGCCUGGCUGGGUCAACCAAAGCAAUCCUCUGGUUUGGGCUCCUGAUGUUUUGCACCUGGAUGAUGGGUCCUUCGUCAUGUACUUUAGUGCCACUACAAACACUGGUGGUAAUGGCAACUAUCACUGCAUCGGCACUGCUACCAGCUCCAAUGUAGAAGGCCCUUACAGCCCAUCUCCCAAUCCAUGGUACUGUCCUGUUGACCAGGGCGGCGCCAUUGAUGCAUCUGGUUUCAGAGAUGCAGAUGGAACCUGGUACAUCACUUACAAGAUUGACGGCAACGCCCGAGGUAAUGGAGGCGUAUGCAACAAUGGCGUCGCUCCUAUCAUGAAUACACCUAUCAUGAUUCAGAAGGUUGGCGCAGACGGCAUCAGCAAACAAGGAAGUCCAUCCAACAUUAUGAACCUACAAGCUUCAGAUGGUCCCGAUAUCGAGGCUCCCGCGAUGAUCAGAAGAGGGAGCACGUACAUUCUGAUGUUCAGCUCUCAUUGCUACAGCACAGACAGCUACGAUACACUCUACGCAACAAGCAACUCUCCCACUGCAGAUUUUGUUCGCGGAGGAAGUCUUGUGGGAGGCGGAAGAGGUGGACUGGAUGCCUCUUUAGAUGCGACUCAUGUUGCUUUCCACGGACUGCAGGAUGAUGGACGCAGAUUUAUGUAUACUGGCAUGCUCAACAUUGACGGUAACACUGUUACC